UAACACCUUUUACCGUGUAAGUCACAUCUUAUAAAAAUGCCGCAUUUAUACAUCCCACUAUUUUUAAUAACCUUAUUAUAUUUUCUAUAUCGGCAUUUCACUGAAAAACUAAACUAUUGGAAAACCAAAAACGUCGCUGGACCGCAACCGAUCCCGUUCUUCGGAAAUUUAAAAGAUUCUGCCUUAAGAAGAGUACCUGUCGGAUUACUGUACAAAAAGUUUUACGAAGAGUUUCCUGAAGAAAAAGUCGUUGGUAUAUAUUUGAUGAAAACACCAGCUAUACUUAUUAGAGAUUUAGAAAUAGCAAAAAAUGUUUUAAUAAAAGAUUUUGAUGUAUUUGCUGAUAGAGGGAUCAAGUUUGGAGAAAAAGAUAUGGGUGCUAAUCUAUUUCAUGCUGAUGGUGAUACUUGGAGAGUACUCAGAGCUCGAUUUACCCCACUUUUCACAUCAGGGAAGCUGAAAAACAUGUUGCAUCUUAUAAAUGAACGGGCGGAAAAGUUUUUGGAGCAUGUAGAAUUGAUUACCAAAGAUAAUAAUGAACAUGAAGUGCAUUCAUUAGUACAAAAAUACACACAAGCAACAAUAGCAGCGUGCGCGUUUGGUCUAGACAUGGACACAUACGGUCAACUAUCAGACACGUUAAAAAGAAUAGACAAGAAAAUCUUCACAGUAAAUUCCAGCUCCAUGCUAGACAUGCUGUACCCAGGCAUACUUAAAAAAAUGGGCGGAUCAAAGUUCCCGAAAGAAGUCAAAGAAUUCUUCUUCGAUUUAACAAAAAGAAUCAUCAAUCAAAGACAAGGGAAACCUACGGAAAGAAAUGAUUUCAUGGACUUGAUUUUAGCUUUGAGACAGAAAGAGAUUCAAUGCCGAACUAAGACCGAUGAAAAUUUAAAACUAGAUAUGAAUGAUAGCGUAAUUUCAGCACAGUCAUUUGUUUUCUAUGCAGCCGGGUAUGAGACUAGUGCUUCUACUAUGGGUUUCCUUCUAUACCAACUAGCUUUGAAUUCAAACAUUCAAGACAAAGUAAUUGAAGAGCUAGAUGCAGUCCUAAAGAAAUAUAAGGGAGAAUUAUCAUUAGAAGCUAUAUCUGAGUUAAAUUAUAUGGGGAAAGUAUUUGAUGAAACACUUAGAAUGUAUCCGAUCAUAGAUAAGUUGAAAAGAUGUGCUCAAACGGACUACCUGGUGCCUGGGACUGAGGUUAUGAUAAAGAAGGGGCAGAUAGUGAUAGUGCCUGUGCACGGAAUCCAUUUUGAUGAGAAGUACUACCCGAAUCCUGAGGUGUUUGACCCGGAGAGGUUUUCUGCAGAGAAUGUGGCUGUGAGACACUCUUGCGCUUAUAUGCCAUUUGGAUUAGGACCGCGGCAUUGCAUAGGUAACUUUUAUUCCAUUUUAUAUUAUACUGCAUGA